UGUUAGAAUAUACCAUUUAAAAAAACUAUAUGGAUGUUAAAGUUGAGCAAACAUUUCAAAAAUGUCAUUUAUAUGAAACACCAAAUAAAACAAUACACGCAAAUGUUUGUCCAAUGUCAUCGUUGUAAUUCAAGAAUCUUCAUAUUCGGGUUUAAUUUCUUUUCGUGUAAAAAUGGGACGUAAAAUAAUAAUAAUAAUAAAGAUUAUAUUUGCGAUUUGUGGAGCAAGUUUAUUUCUCAUCCUCUGGAAAUACCAGUAUGUCAACAAACAAUUUGAUCUUUUUAGUAUGUGGUCAAAAGAACCAAAAGAGAAGUUCAUAUGGACACCUUCGAAACUACUUUCAAUUAAAACGGAGAUGAUGCUAGAUUUUGCGUCUCAAGCACAGAGACUCCUUGUAAGAGGUGCUCAAAAUAUGAACACCCUGUCCUUGCAGAAAUACUUGAAUAGUACUUUGUCGGACGUAAACGCCUUAUUAGAAGUCAAUGAAAGUAUGUUCCGUUCCUUAGAAGUAAUCUUCUCAUCUUCGCAGAUCGAUCUUAAACUUCAAGACGCAGUACAUAUGUCACCCUCUUCUUCGAUGGAAAAUGAUCAGUUGCCGAUAAACACAGACAUUCAAAGGGAACUUGUACAAAGAUAUCGCGAUAAAGGAUAUUAUCAUUUUGAUGAGUUUGUUCUGAAAAGAUGUGAAGGUUUGAAGGAAUUGUCUGCAAAUGAUUCCGGAAUAAUGAAACCGUUACAACAAGUGUGCAAGAACCUUCAUAAACUUCAAACUGAGAUUGCAAGGGAAAGGCUAGAAGAACAAAUCAGACAACAGACGGGCAAUAAAUGGAAAAAAUAUAUGUCACGUGAGCUACAAAGUGUGGUACAAUAUGAUCUGAAUCAAUAUCAGGUAACGUUGAUCAAGUAAGAUUCUGUUCGUUAUGAACUGCACUCAUUUUGCGGGUAUUAAAUAUUGGUCUUAAUUUGGGAAAAGAUUCAUGUACCAAUCGGAUUUCAUGUUGUAAAUAACCAACCUUUACAGUAAGUCAAUGAUAAGGUCAAUUACCAUGAGAUUAACUUAAGUUGCACGUUGACCAGCAAUUGAUAUUAUCAUAUUGAUUAUGAGAUUAAACUGCACCAUUUAUGUUCUUAAAUGAGUAAGCGUAUGGUAGUGCCUAAGUCGCAUCUUUCUUCAGUCACUUUGCA